AACGGAGCCAAAACAACCAUGGCGGCGGCGGCGGCGGCGAGCUGGCGGCGGUGCUGGUGUCAGCGCAAGCGUGGCUCCCCGUGCCGGCAGUGAGCGGACUAUACUGUGGCUUCACAAUGUUUGGAGACUUAUUUGAAGAGGACUUUUCCUUUGUGUCAAAUAAUCAAUGUGGAAAAGGGAAGAAAUCAAAGUCCAAAGAUACCGAGCCUCCCGCUCCAAGGGAGUUCACCAAAUUAAGUGGUAUCAAAAAUCAGGGUGGGACCUGCUACCUCAAUUCCCUUCUCCAGACUUUGCAUUUCACGCCAGAAUUUAGAGAAGCACUGUUUUCCCUAGGCCCUGAAGAACUUGGUUCUCUGGAAAAUAUCAAUAAACCAGAUGUAAAGGUUCGAGUAAUUCCAUUACAGUUACAACGAUUAUUUGCUCAGCUUUUGCUCUUAGAUCAGCAGGCUGCAUCUACAACAGACCUCACUGAGAGCUUUGGAUGGAACAGCAAUGAGGAGAUGAGACAACAUGAUGUACAAGAGUUAAAUCGGAUUCUGUUCAGUGCUUUGGAAACUUCCCUUGUGGGGACUUCUGGCCAUGACCUUAUUAAUCGGUUGUACCAUGGGACUGUUGUUAACCAGAUUGUUUGUAAGGAGUGCAAGAAUGUCAGUGAGAGACAGGAGGAUUUUUUAGAUCUAACGGUGGCAGUCAAGGAUGUAUCUGGCUUGGAGGAGGCCCUGUGGAACAUGUAUGUGGAAGAGGAAUAUUUUGAAAAUGAUAACUUGUACCGAUGUGGCGCAUGCAACAAACUGGUUGAAGCAGCAAAGUCUGCUAAACUGCGUAAGUUGCCCCCCUUUCUUACUGUCUCGCUCCUGAGGUUUAACUUUGACUUUGAGAAGUGUGAACGAUACAAGGAAACAAGCUGCUAUACGUUCCCUAUCCGGAUUAACCUCAGGCCUUUUUGUGAGCAGACUCAGUUGGAGGAUUCGGAGUACAUGUAUGAGCUCUUCUCUGUUAUUAUACACAAAGGUGGCUGCUAUGGAGGACACUACCAUGUUUAUAUCAAAGAUGUUGAUGCAUUAGGAAAUUGGCAAUUGCAAGAGGAGGAACGCAAACUGAUGACUGAAGAGAAGGUUCAGAAAGAUACUGAAAAUAUCAAAGAAAUGGAGAAUCCACUGACAAUCCUGAAAGGGAUCUUAUCAGAGGAAGAAUCCAAACAAAUUCCUGUGGAUCAGUUAGGGCAGAAACUAUUGGAGAAAAAAGGAAUGUCCUGGAACAAAAAAUACAGGAAACAAUAUGGACCAAUACGAAAGUAUUUGCAGAAUCAUUCUCAGAUAUUUCGACUUAGUCCUGAUGAUAAUAAGGUUAGUCUAAAGGAGAUGUACCAUCAGCUCCAGUUUGGGUCAGAUUGCCAAGGACAAGUUCUGCAAAGCCCUUCUCAGAACAGUGAUGUCCAGUGGACUUCAGAAAGUCUAUGUACAGUGCUAAAGGACAGCGCCUCUGGUUCCCAUUGGUUUGACUUGAAUGAUACAAAAGUCCAGCCCAUUAAGGAGAAGGAUAUUGAGAAACAAUUUCAGGGUAAAGAGAGUGCCUACAUGCUGUUUUAUCGAAAAUCCCAGUUGAAAAGACCAUCUGAAGCACAAGCAAAUCCAAGAUAUCGGGUUCCUGGCCAUCUCUUGAAUGAAAUGGAUGCUGCGAACAUUGAACUGCGGAAGAGAAGGAUGGAUUCUGACUCUGCAGACAAUAAUAUUGAUUUGCGCCUCCAUUUGGGCUCUCAGUAUAAACUUUACAAUGGGGCCCUACACCCAUCGCUUUCUUGGAAAGAAAGUGUGCUGGAUCUGACUAUUGAUAAAAGAAAAACCCUAGGAGAUCUGCGACAAUCGAUAUUUCAGCUGUUGGAAUUUUGGGAAGGAGACAUGAUUCUCAGUACUGCAAAGUCUCUACCAGCAGGACUUCAUCUUUACCAAACACUUGAUGGAGAUGAGAUGACAUUGGGUGACAUUGGACUUGCAGAUGGGGCAGAUGUCUUUGUGUGGAAUGGCAAGGAGGUUGGUGGUAUGGAGGUGUUACCAGGUCUUGACCAUGAACCCGUGCUUCUAAAUGUUCUUCGGUUGGCGGGCUAUAAUGAAGGAGGGAAAGGUCAGCAUUUCAUCGAAUCCCAGCAUGUUGUUCCAUGCAGUGCAGAACUGAGCACCCUGUGGAAAGCCUUAGCAUCGCCAGGAGGAAUCAUCUUAAUGAACAGUUCGGGAUCUGACAAAGAGGUGGAGAAUUGGAAAGUCGUUCCUGAAGAGGAUAUGAAGAAGACAGUCAGAAUUGUUGGCCUGACAGAUGGAAGCUCAAUAUUAGUUUUAGAUAGCCAUGACCAAAGCUUGGUGAACGUGGCAAGUGGCAAUUUGACUGCUUUUAUGCAUGAUAUCAGCUGGCUACAAGUUAAAAAUUUCUGCCGCUUGGAAGCUGAAGAGAAGCAAGUUAAAAUUACUGCAACCGUUGAAACAGUGAUGUCAGAUAUCAAAAUUAAAGCAAUACAGGAGCUGCAAUUAGGGGAGGAGCUAGUGGAUGAUAGCUGUCUCAGACCCAUUAACAGAAAUGGGAAGCUUCUCUGUCCAGUGCCUGAGGAUUAUACUGUCAAAGAAGCAGAGCUAAAGAUGGGAAGCCUGUUGGGACUGUGUCAUGGAAAAGCUCCAACUUCCACUCAGCUCUUCUUGUAUUUUGUUGUUGGGAGUGAUCUGCAGGGAGCCCCAGAGAUGGAGAUAGUAGUGGAAGAGACUGCAUCUGUGAGAGAGUGUCUAAACUUAAUGCUGGAGAAAUCUGGGUUACCAGGUGACAACUGGCAUUUGAGAAGAAUCGAUUGGUGCUAUGAAGCUGGAGAAGCAUUAAGUGAGGAAGGUGCCAGACUGAAGGAGCUUAAUGUCUGCAGUGGAGAUACUUUGGUCAUAACUGAAGGGAAACUGCCGCCCAAGGGAUUCCUGAAGGUGCCCAUCUGGUGGUACAAGCCUUUGAUACACUUUGAACAGCAAGAGAGCAUGCAGAAUCAAGUGAACUGCAUGAUGGGGGCAUUGCGAGUAUCUCCAGCAGGAGCCUCAGUUUGCUGCGCUGCCAGCGCUCUGGCCCACUGCUCCUGUCAGACAGCGUGGUGGCGUGGCUGGCUCCGGCCAGGCGGCGGGGCUGCGAGCUCCUGCUGCUUUGAGCGGCAUGAUUCCCCAGCAUAUGUCCAGUCAGACAUCAGGCUUUGUUAUGCAGGCGAUGUGGAAAUCUCUGGAGAAGCUUUUCUGGAGGAUUUGAAAAUUCAGGCCAUGACCUUGCCAUUCUUCCAGGAGCUCAGUGUCCCAUCACCUGAGUUUCUCAGAGCCUGGACAUUGGAAAGUAAGCGCCCAGGCAAGCUUUUACGAAACAACCAGCAACAACUCAAUGAAUAUAAACUGGGAGGCAGAACAGAAAUCUGUAUAGAGCCUUUACAGAAGGAAGAGAAUCUGGGCCCCAGUGACUUGCUGCUUCGGGUGCAGAUGGGCAUACCCGGGGAGAGGGAUUACUACCACUCUGUGGAUUUGGUGUGGGAUAUCUCCAAAGAAUGCACAGCAUGGGCACUGAGGCAUAGACUUGCUGCUCACUAUUCUCUCCCUGUGGAGAAAAUCGAAAUUGCAAAAUACUUCCCAGAGAAGUUUGAGUGGAUGACAAUCUCCAGCUGGACCCAGCAAAUUUCGAAGAGGAAACGGAAGAAAAAACAGGAGAGUUUGCAGUCAGCACCCUUUCACCUGAAAGAUGGAGACAUUAUCGGUGUAAAGAAUCUUCUACUUGAGGAGGGUAAGGACUUCAGUACUGUGAGAGAUGAUAUUGGAAAGGAGACACAGAGGCAGCUUGCAAUGGAAAAAAAGAAAAGCCGACAAGCGCAGCGUUUACAGAACGAUGUUUUGUCUGAGGGAAAGGUGGCUACUAAGCAUCGUAAACCAGAAGUGGCUCUUUCCAUCAAUGUGGGAAUCUUCAGAUAGCAUUGGACAGGUGACUUGCUGAGUGACCCUUGCCAAUGAUGUACUGAAUUAGAAUGGAGUACCUCAACUGGACCGGCAGAGGGAUGGUCUUCUCAGAAAUGUCCUCCUGACUCUCUGCUGAGACAACUGGCUAUAGGAUUCAGGACAGCUCUGGAUUUCCUGUAAUCUAUACUGGUGAAGUGCUUUAGCAUUCCUUUAUCAAUGUGGAACUUACUCUCAGGCUAGAUAAAUGCACUUUAUCAAUGAGAAAAUGGAUUACUAUAGUACAUAAUCUUUCAGUGACUAUUUUGUAAUAAUCAUAUAUGUAUUUUUAUCUGACAUUGCUAUCCUAUACCAUUACUACAAAGCUUUUUUUCAUGCAGGCAUGUAACUUCUAAAAGGAAUUGUUUGACUCUUUUGACUUCUGAAAUUAUUAGAUGUUAGGUUUUGUUUACAUGCCUGGUUGAUAAAUCUGAGUUUUAUAAUAGUUUAAAUCAAAAUUGGGUUCAUGCUCCCCCCUCUCUCUCUCUCUGCAGCCAUUUUGUCGAUAUAUUUUUUUUCUGCAGCACUAGUAAUUCCAGCCCAACAGCAAACUGUUUGCAGCCCAACAGCAAACUAAUAGUUUUCCAUCUGAGCCCUGUAGAGGUGACUUAUCUAAACAGUGUAUGUGACAUUUCAGUACUUGCCUCCUCUGUUAUGUUAAAUCUUUCCAUUGUGCAGCAAGUCCAAACUCUACUCCUCGCCAUAUAAUGAAGCUCUCUCUGUUAAUCAGGAACAUGAGCAGAAACUGAUUUCAGCAUUUCCUUAAUCUCCGGAACAAAUACACUAAACUGGCCAAAGUAAGGAGCAAAUGUGUUCAAAGUCUAAAAAGGUCUGGAGAGCGGUGUCUGUAAAUUAGAAAUAUAUUGUCACUGUGCUGUUUUUCUUCUCUAGAUGCCUGUUCCUUUUUUAUUAUACACUAAGUUAUUAAAAAGUUUAGGAGAGAAGGAGAGCGUUUGAUGGAAUAGUGAACUUUUGUUUUUACUCAGGAAAAGGUUAUGUUUAUUUUAAGGUAAUCAAAUUAAAUGGACCUUUGUAAUUUUGCUUGACUGACUUGAUAGCCCUCAAUAGGUUAAAAGAAAAAAAAACAGAAAAAUGUUUCUCCUUUGGGUGUUGUACAGCUGGUUGUACAUCCCCAAUAAUAAAAGGGGUAUGUAUAACUGAAACAGAAUACAGGGUUGGUUCUAAUACCAGCUAAACACUGUGCUGUCCAAGGCUGUUAUGGAUUAUGGUAAAUAAAACAUUUACUGUAUUAUUGUAAGACUAGUUCUUGCUCAAUGAUGAGACUAUAUCUUUCUACCAAUGUGUGUGGUAACUGGGAUCAUUACAAUUAAUAAUUUAAUUCUCAGUAUCUUUCUGUAAAAUAUUUUUCAGUGCUUACAAUUACUAAACUCUUUUUUUUAUAUGUUCCCUUAUAGUACAUGGAUCAUAAUUUCAUUUGCAGUCAGGUUCAGUGGUUUCUUCAGAAAGAGUAUUGGUGUUAAUACAUUGAAUUAACCAAACACUGGAGCAUAUCUCGUUUGUAAUAAACUGUACUUUUUAAACAUGUAUUAGAUUAUAGGAUGAGAAUGGGAUAUAUAUAAAUUUAAAAUAACCACAUAUCCUUAACUGAACUACAAUUAAGUGUUCAUCACAUACUUCAAGUUUGCCUUUCUCUGUUAUAAGGCUGGGAAAACUAAUUAUCUGAUCAGAUACACUACAAAACCUUGCAGUCAUGGCUGGAAAAACCCCUGUAAACGGUUAAAAGGAAGUGUUCAAACACAAUUUCUGAAAAAGAAAGUGAAAUGUUUUCAUUAUAAUUAAAUUGCUGCUGCCAAAGUGACUGGAUACAGUACCUGUAUUGAUUUAGAGUACGUUACUAAAUCUUGUAUUGUUUAUUUUGUAAGUAUAGUAGUCUUAGUAGUAGAAGACUUCAUUAUGGUGACUAUUAAAACUUUGGGAAAAAAGUGGGAAGACCCUGCUAUUAAGGUGAGCAGAAUUCUACUGUUUUGGACAGAGCUUCAGAGUGACUGAGUCCCCCGCCUUCAGGAUCUGAUUCAGCAAAACAUUUCAGCAUAUGUUUGACUUUCAGCAUGUGAACAGUCCUAAUUCACUGCGGCUGCAUAUGUGCUUCAAGUUAAGUAGGUGCUUAGGUCCUUUCUUGAAUUGGGGCUUUAGUCGGGAGGUAAGGGGAUAUUUUAAUCUCUAGUUAUUUGGUUCUACUCUUUAUUUGAGCCAAGUGCAGUUGAAUUAUGUAAUGCUGUAUUUAUGGAAGAAUUCUCUUGUAAAACUUGACAGAGGCCAGCAAAGGUGUCUCUCCCUCAAACUGACCUUGUUUUGCACAGCCUUUUUCCAUUUUCCAUACAUUUUGUUAAGCCGCACAUUUGUCAGAAGACACUUCACAUAAUGAGUACCAAGAUUCAAAUUUGGUAAAUAAGGAAAGAAUUUGUGUGCUUGCAAGCUAUUUCAUUGCAUUACAUUUAAUUUGCUGACUUUUUUUUAUUAUUAUUCUGUUUCUAUGUUGGAAAGUUCUGCUAUCCCUUCUCUUUCCAUCUUCCUUUAAUAAGUAUACUUUUCAAAGACAUGAAGCUCAGAGAAAUUUAGAUAUAGAUUAAGUACUUAAGUGAGUAUUGUAGUAUGUGCCUUUAUUGAAGUGCAGUGUAGCAGUGACUGCACUGAACCAAUAUUGAGUUAUUGUUUUAAAUGUUGGCUUGAAAGACUUUAAGAAAAGUCCAUGGAGGAUCAGUCCACAAUGAGGAUUUUUGUUAAAGGGAAAAAUACCUUUUUAAAAUUUGAGUUUUCAUGAUUCCACAAUUUGUCACAGUUAUGUUCCAAUGUGAGGAGAAGCUUUCCUCUUUAUUAUCCAAGUCUGCUUCAGAAACUGAAUAAAGAAUUGUUUAUAUAUGUAUAUAACAAAUGUUUCACUCAUGCUGUCUUUGUAACUAUCAUACAGUUUAGAUUGGUUACUAACUAAUGAACAUGGAGAAGGAAUAAAUGAAUGGCUAUCCAAAAUGUCUGAAACACUGAGCUCCUAUUUUAAUGUAUUUUCAACAAGUAAAAUAAAUACCUUGGCUGAACAGGAGGUGAGAUCCUGUGAAAAGAA